AUGUCUGGAAAAAAUACCUUCAAAAUCUUCCCCCAACGCAACAAGAGAAACCACCUCAUUCCUGGCCCAUCCUCACAACCAUUGCACCCCUCAACCUCCUCAGAAUCCCGUGUUCCUCGGAUCAAUAUCACUUCCUACGAUCCACAUGGACUGCCGACAGAAUCUUAUACUGAACCCACAACGACCAAUCAGGUCGCACCAUCCAAUGACAGUGAUCCGAAAAAAUCGGAAUCUUUCGUGGAUCGCAUGUUUAAGAAGAUUCACAGAAAGUUGAGUCUUAACCGCAGCGGCUCUAGCACUUCCAAUCUCGUUGAGCCAUCCCUGCAUUCCCAGCCGUCCAAUGAUGAGACAGCGCUUCCUCCAGCCCCCCUCAUCCUUGAGGGAAAUAUCAAUAAUUCUCGUGAAAGAUCUGAGACAUAUUCCACACGCGACAAUGGCCUGAGCGUUCUUGCACAAUUAGAACGCGGGGGAAUCAAUGUGCCUCCCUUAUUGGAGCCCACGAUCAUGCCGUCGGCUAGCUCAGGCAGUGAUCGAAAGAAAGUAGUCAUCGGCGCGAUGAGAUUGGUUCUCCAAAAUGCAGCGUUGACUCUUAAAUUUGCCCCGGUUCCGAAUCUUGACGCAAUCCCAAACUUACUUCUGACGUGGCUCCAGGUUUAUGAGACCGUCGGUGGAAACGACGAAGGUCUCAAAGGAUUGGACGAUGAGAUCCGAGGGGCUUAUACAACGAUCUUGCGACUACUCCAACUGUGGACCGAUCAGAUCCCCCUGAUGUAG